CGGAGUGCUCCGCCUCCGCCUCCCAGUUCACUCCGCUAGCGAGGGCCACGCCGCGCCUUGAGACCCGUCGAUGGCGAGGCGGAGCCUGGCGGGCGGCGCCACCGCAGGCGCCGCAUCCCGGGUUCGGUUUGCGCCCACCUCCAACAACCUGCUCGUCUCCUCGUGGGAUUCGGGGCUGCGGCUGUAUGACGCCGACGCGAACGCGCUGCGGUUCAAGGCGGACUCGGAGGCGGCGCUUCUGGAUUGCUGCUUCGAGAAUGAGUCAGCAGCGUUCGCUGGCUGCUCUGAUGGAUCUGUGAGAAGGUAUGACUUCCGCUCAGGUUCUGAGGAUACAGUGGGGCUCCAUGAAGAUGUGGUUGCUUGUACUGAAUAUUGUCAGAUCACUGGUCAAAUUGUGACUGGCACCUUUAACAAAAAGCUUCAAUUCUGGGAUGCAAAAGUAAGAAGUGUAAGCCCCAACAGCACAAUCACCUUCAAUUCGGAUGUGACAUCGCUUUCAUUGUGCGGCAUGUAUAUAUCAGCAGCAGUUGCCAAAACAGUUAAUUUUUAUGACAUGAGGAAUCUAACUGGGCCAGUUGAAGCAAACUUUUCUCCUCUAGAGUACCAAAUUCGAUGCCAUCAAUCUUCUGCGGAGUGGGAUGGAUAUGUUGCUGGUUCUGUCGACGGAGUUGUUGCAUUGAACUAUCUUGAUGAUGUAAAAAAUGAGAAUAUGGGAUAUGCUUUCCGAUGUCAUCCAAAUUCCAGAAACGGAAGAUCCAACCUGGUUCCAAUAAAUUGCAUCGCAAUGCAUCCAAGCAAGAAAACUUUUGUUACUGGAGAUGAUGGAGGAUAUGCUAUCGCCUGGGAUGCUGAAUUAAAAAAGAAACUGAUUGAGCUUCCUAGCUAUUCGGGCAGUGUGGCAUCAAUGGCGUAUAACUAUAAUGGCCAACUUUUGGCAGUUGCUCCAAACUAUUAUCAAGAAGCGGAUAAAAUGGUGGAGAACCAUCAGAUAUUCAUUGAAACGGUGGAGGCCUUCAAACGGAAGUCUCAUUUGGUGUAGGACCCUUCUAACCAAAACUAGGAUUGCUUACCCUAUUGUUGUACAACUAAUCAUGCUAAAGUGCUCCCUUUGUAUUGAUUAUGCUGUCACAUGUCCAAGCUCAGCAUGAUGUAGCAACGUGUUGUAAUUUGUUGUAUGGUUAAGCAUUAUUCUGUAUAGAUAUGAACAUGUUCCCAUUUCCCUGUCC